CCAAUCCACCACUCACUCCAUUAGUUUAAAAAAAAAAGCCGCGUUAGAAAUCCAAUCUACCACUCACUCCAUUAGUUUAAAAAAAAAAAGUCGCGUUAGAAAUCCAAUCCACCACUCACUCCAUUAGUUUCAAAAAAAAAAAACAGAGAGAGAGAGAAGAAAAACCCUAAAUCUCGGCAAUGGAAGGCGACGAAGAGCCACCGGCGGCGGCGGCGAUGGCGGCCGUGCUGACGGACGAUUUCCUGCUCCGAUCCAUCCUGAAGUGUCUGUGUCCGAGGGAUGUGGUCCGCGCGGCCCUUGCCAACAAGAGCUGGCGGCGCGCGGCGGCCCUCGCCGUCCCCCGCACACCGCCGCUCGUCGGCUACCUCCUGCACCCGGAGAAAAUCCGGUCGGCCCAGAUCCCCCCCGUCUUCGUCCCCAGCGACGCCUCGUUCCCGCGCCUCUCCCUCCCCUUGGCUCCCGACGACCUCUCCGGUGUGUCCGUGCACGAUGUCCACCACGGCCUGGUCCUUCUACUACCCUGCGAGCUUCCCGACAUUCUCCUGCUCCGCAUACUGGUGCUCGAUCCGGCAUCCGGACGCCGGGCUCUGCUCCCUCCUCCGCCGCGCGACGCUCUGCCCGACGACCAGUGGCGCCAAACCCGGCGCAUCAUCGGCGCCGCGGUGCUCUCGCGCGCGCAUCCCAGUAGGCUGCACUUCCAGGCGGUCUGCGUCACCAUCGACGACGACCGCCCUCGCGCCUGGGUCGCCUUCGUCAACGGCGAGGAUUGCCUCUGGUGCAUCCUUCCACGCUCCAAGCAUGUUAGGGUUCUUCGUUUUGAUCUCAGCAUGUGCUGUGCCGCCCACGAUCAGGGACAGAUCUGCUGGAUCGCCUCCAACUCCAACCAAGUGCUCGCACUGGAACCUUCAUCUUUGGAGUUUCAGUUCAUAACUUCUUCUCCAGCUGCUGUGCCGGUUGAUGUAUUUGCAUAUUUUCUGUCUUGGCCACCUGCAUUUCUUAGCCUGCUCGAGGAGAAUGAUGAUGCGCUAACUGACAGCUUGAUGAGUCUUAUUAAAAUAGUCUUCUACAAUAUAUGCUACGUGAGAGGAUUGUUUUCUAAGGAGUUCUUCUCUGAUAUGCCUUUUCUACCGACAGGGAUGCAGAUAAAAAAGCUUACGCCGAUGGAUGACGAGUCCCAAAGGCUUGUUGAUUGGCUAGAAAAAGGUGUUUAUGAUGCUCUGAAAAAGAAGUUCCUCAAAACUAUCAUCUUCUCUAUCUAUGAUGAGAAGGGCCCUCUGUUGGAGGAGUAUUGCCUAUCAUUCACAUACUUCAGCGAAAUUACAAUCGACUUACGGCUGACGGGAUCCACUCAAAGUAUAUGGACAAUGAGGUCCGAUGCAGCUGAGAGCUUUGUUAAUCAAAUUUGCCUCUGGACUAUGAACCUCCUUUUUUUGAGAGUUAUGAUGAUAUGAGAAAACGUUGUCCGCUCCCACUACAUACUACUUUAUCAGAUUACUCACAAGAUUUGAUCAGUUUACAUGAUGUAAAAUCAGUGCUCUCCAACAAUCCCUUUCAUUCCAACAAGGUUUUUGCAAUGGACCCAAAAAGCAAAAUCCAACAAGGGCACCUUUUUUGCAUUACUAAGAAAGAUGUCCACUUCUAUUUUGAUUCUGGUGCUAGCCACCACAUGUGUGAUGAUGAUAAACUCUUCAAAAAUCUCCAUGAGGUUCCUACUGAACAUCAGGAUACUGUUUAUGAUGCUAGUGGCGACCCAGUGUGCCUGCACAUGUCCGGUGAAGUGAUAUAUGAUCAAAUCAAAUUGAGUCCAGUAUUCUACCACUCUACUCUCAAAUUUAAAGUUAUAUCUCUUGGUGAACUGGAUGAUUCUAACACCCUCAUGUAUGUUGGAGAUAAAAGGAUUAAAAUCUUUGAUGUAAAUAAAGGUGAAAUGAUCGGCGAGGGAUAUCUCCACGAAAAGAGAAAUGAAUAUAUAGUUCGAAGCAUCAUAUGCAGAAAAGAAGAACAACAAGCUAUAACCAGAUCGAUGUUGUCCUCAACGGCAAUUGAUGAGAAAAAUUUGUGGGUAGUUGAUUCUCUAUGCUGCAAUCACAUGACUGGUAUAAAGGGACUUCUAUCUGAUACAAGACACGAGGUACAGUCAUUUGUUACCCCCAGAGGUGCAUUUUUAAGCUCAAAAAUUGGAAAUGUGAAGACUAGUACAGUAACACUGUUUAAUGUGUUGUACUGUAAGGGACUGAGACAGAAUCUCAUAUCCGAAGGUCAAUUAGACCGUGACGGCUAUUCAUGUACAAGGCUUGCUCACAAAUGCAAGAUUCAGUGGAGAGGGACUCAAGAAGUUGUUGGUCUAGCUCAUCAGGACGAGAAUGCACUGUAUUACGUGGAUUAUUUUCACUAUGUCAGCGACCCAUCUUUGAAGCAUACGAGGAAUGAUGGAGAAUGCAUACAGAAGUUGAAGCGUCCGCGGCAAGAUGGAUCCUCUCCAUCUAGUAGGAAAAGGACUGCGUAAACUGGAUAGAUGUGUUCAUUUUGUCUUUUGUAAACAUGAGAAGAAUACCACCCAACAUACGAAGAUUUGAUGUGCUCUGUUGUUUCAACAUUUUUAAACCUCGUUCUUACAGAUGAUGGUUGCAUGCUAGUAAUACCCAGGAAAAUGCUUUUUCCAUUUGAUUUACAUUGGCUCGCGUUAGUAUAGCCCUCAAAAAAAUCUAAGGAUAAAGUUUCUUUAUAGAUCUGCAUUAAGGUUUUUAUAUGUAUUGCUACUGGACUGUCGAGAUGGUCCGGAUUUUACCGUGACCGAAAACAAGGGAGCUUCCUUUGAGGCAUAAUU